AUGGCUCCAACAAAGAAAAUAUUGAUAGGCUGCACUGGGAGUGUUGCAACAAUUAAAUUGCCGGAAUUAUGUGAAAAAUUACGUGAUCAUUGCCUUGAAUUUCGGGUCGUGGUAACAGAACGGGCUAAACACUUUUUGAAAGAAUCAGAAUUGCCUCCUGGAACUCAAAUUCUUUCGGAUACCGUUGAAUGGGCUGCUUGGCAGGAUCGUGGUGAUCCUGUGCUUCACAUUGAUUUAGCAAAGUGGGCAGAUUUAUUUUUAAUUGCGCCAUUAGAUGCUAAUACACUUGGUAAAAUAGCUUCUGGUAUUUGUGACAAUAUACUUACAUGCGUCGCACGAGCUUGGGAUGUUAAAAAACCAUUAUUAUUUUGUCCGGCUAUGAAUACUAGAAUGUGGGAUCAUCCAAUUACAGCUCCACAGGUUGAACUGUUAAAAUCUUGGGGAUAUAAAGAAAUAAGUUGCAUUACCAAGACUUUGAUGUGCGGCGAUACAGGUAUUGGUGCUAUGGCAGAAGUCGAUACUAUCGUGCAAGCAACGCUCAGAUAUUUGAAUUCUUGGGAGCCCUACUCAUCGUUAGGUAGAAGACAUUAA